CUGCCCCGGUGCUCAAUGGCACUGCGGCAGCAGCGUCACAACAACGGCGAGGAGAGCCGAGGGGAGGAAAUGGCAAUUCCUCCGUGGCAGUGCCGGCGUCCUGUUUUGCUCCGUCUCUCCAUGGACCUGAGGGUGGGAGAGCGGGGGAUGCGGCCUGGUUCCGACACGGUGCUCCUCUCCCCGCUGCACCCGCCUCUGCUCCUCACGCCUUUCUCCCCGCAGCCCCGCACCACCUUCUCCCAGCAGCAUCUACAUCAGCAGAUCCGGUUUAACAUGGAGCAGAGGAGGCGGGAGCAGGAGCACCACGAGAAACAGCAGGAGUUACAGCAACUUAAACACAAAGACAAAAGUCAACAGAGUGCCGUGGCGAGUUCCUUAGUAAAGCAGAAGCUCCAGGAAGUGAUUCUUAAGAAACAGAAACAGGCGGCACUGGAAAGAACAAACUCCAACUCUCUGACUGCACACCCCGUCCCAUACAGAAAGCUGGGCCCUGACCCCAGUCUGACCUCCCGGCCAAUAGUCUCAUCUCCAUCACAGCCUCCGUCUGAGGGCUCCGAGGGCACACCGUUGCGCAGAGCAGCUUCCGAGCCGAACCUGAAGGUGAAGCACAAGCUGAAGAAACACCUGAACACCCGAAAGAGCCCGCUCACCCGCAAGGAGAGUGCCCCGCCCACCAUCAGACACAGAGUGCCCGAAACGCUGGACUCUUCCCCGAGCAGCAGCAGCACUCCGGCCUCUGGAUGCAGCUCUCCCAACGACAGCCUGCCCAGCGAGAAUGGACUGCUGCCCUCUGCAGGCGGCCUGUCGCACGAGGCCCAGAAGCUGCUGCUCAGAGAUGGAUCCCUGGCUAACUUCACCAUCCAGAGCUCCUCCGCUCUGCCCACCAUCACUCUGGGACUGCCGGCCAACUCCAGGGCUGAAGGGGAGCUGCCCUCCCUGAAAGUUGGCCGGGUUCCUGUGGUCACCCCGGGGGGCUCCCCAGUCUUCCUCCCCCUCAGCAGAGAUGAUCAAGCCGGUCAGUUGAACCCUCACUUGCCGGUCAUCAUCCUGGAGCCAUCUGGUCUGGUGCACUCUCCACUUCUUACUGUUCCAGGCCUGGACUCUGUUCCGUUACCGUUUGCACAGCAGUUGGACCACCUGUCUCCAGCAGGUGUUCAGACCCACAAGCCCAUAAGCAGAACGCGCUCGGAGCCCCUUCCUCAGAGCCCCCGCGCCCUCCACACGCAUCUCAUCCAGCAGCAGCACAGCACACAGCUCCUGGAGAGGCUCAAACAGCAGACUCACCUGGGCAAGUUAAUGUCCAAAUCCGAGAAGCCCCGGCUGCAUCAGAUCCCGUCCGAGGACAUGGACUCUGAGGAUGGUGGCGGGCUGUCGCCCACUGAGUCCACCUAUCACAGCAGGAUGAGGGCGGAGUCACGGAGGGACGCAGAACCAACCGCGUCCAAGAGCCACGAGGAACAAAUCAACCUGCAGCACGCCCUCAUACUCAACCAGCUGCACCGACAGAUGGAGACCCUGGGGGUACCUGUGUUACGUGGCGCGGGCGGGGUCGGAGGCGGUCUGGCCGUCCACCGCCCCCUGUCCCGCACCCAGUCCUCUCCGGCCUCCACCUCCCUCACCCUGCCCGAGAAGCCCCUGAGCCUGGCCGCGCAGGACACCGGCAGCAAACCACGCUUCACCACCGCCACGCUGGAGGAGCUGCAGUCGGUUCACACGGAGCGCCACGUGCUGUUUUACGGCACCAACCCUUUGCACAGACUCAAACUGGACAACCGCAAGCUGGCUGGAAUCCUCUCCCAAAGGAUGUUCGUGAUGCUGUCGUGUGGGGGUGUCGGGGUGGAUAACGACACCAUCUGGAACGAGCCGCACACCACCACGGCGUCCCGCAUGGCGGCAGGCAGCGUUGUGGAAAUGUCGUUCAGGGUGGCCAAAGGGGAACUGAAGAACGGCUUUGCUGUGGUCAGACCGCCAGGGCACCAUGCGGACCCCUCCAAUCCAAUGGGUUUCUGUUACUUCAAUUCUGUGGCAAUAGCUGCCAAGCAGCUCCAGCACAAGCUCAACGUCAGCAAGAUCCUGAUUGUUGACUGGGAUGUCCACCAUGGUAACGGCACACAGGAAGUGUUUUACAGUGACCCCAGCGUUCUCUACAUCUCCCUUCAUCGCUAUGACGACGGAAACUUCUUUCCCGGCAGCGGGUCACCAGCUGAGGUGGGCACCGGAGCGGGUGAGGGCUUCAACGUGAACGUGGCAUUUACAGGAGGACUGGAGCCACCGAUGGGGGACGCUGAAUACCUCGCCGCGUUCAGGUCUGUGGUGAUGCCCAUCGCCCAGGAGUUCUCCCCCGAUGUGGUUCUGGUGUCGGCUGGGUUCGACGCUGCGGAGGGAAACCCUCCCCCUCUGGGCGGGUACAAGGUCUCCGCCAAAUGUUUCGGUUUCCUGACCCGCCAGCUGAUGUCCCUUGCGGGGGGCCGUUUGGUUUUGGCCCUUGAGGGGGGUUAUGACCUCACGGCUAUCUGCGAUGCGUCUGAAGCCUGCGUCAGUGCACUCCUCGGAAUUCAGGAUCCAAUGCCAGAGGAAACCCUGCUCCAAAAGCCCAAUGCCAACGCCGUCCGCUCCCUCCAGACUGUCAUACAGAUACAAAGUCAGUACUGGCAGAACGUAAAGGCUUACGGAGGGGCGGUGGCUCUGUCGCACCUGGCUGCUCAGAGAAAAGACUGCGAGGAAACGGACGCGGUCAACGCUUUGGCCUCGCUGUCUGUGGGGGUCAUGCCCAACAAGAGCGCUGUCGCAUCGCCACUGAGCCCCCGCCCCCCCCCCACCUCUAGCCUUCUUCUCACUCGCGCCGCGGCCGGGGCUCCACGCCAGAGCCGCCGAUCGGAGCGCGGCUGGGCCGUCAACGGCUGGGCCGAGGCCCAAACCUCGUAA